UAUGGAGACGGAGAAGAAGGUGAACAAGUCUCUGGACGUGACCGAGGACGAGUCAGAGGCCGUGUCGCGACUCGUCGUUCCAUUUAUCCCACCCGGCGGGGUGAGCUUCUACGAUGCUUUCGUUGUCAGAGGCAUCCGAGUCAACCGAGUCGAACCCGGACUGGUCGUCUGUACUUUGAAGGAUAGAAGUGGAAAUUUGGCUAAUGGUGCAAUUGCAAACCUUGUUGAUAUAGUUGGUGCUGCCGUAGCUUAUGUUCCAGGCCAAUCUUUGAAUGUUUCUGUGGACAUUUCCAUCUCCUACAUGUCAACAGCAAAAUUGCAGGAUGAGCUAGAGAUAACUUCAAGAAUGUUAGGACGAGUAGGAGGUUGUUCUGGAACAAUAGUCAUUUUGAGAAAUAAAACAACUGGGGAAAUUAUAGCUGAAGGUCGACAUUCAUUGUUUCGUUCACAUGUUGGUCCCAUUCCCAAACUGUGAGU